UUUAACUCCUCCUCACCAGCAUCCACCUAUCGUUUGCCAGCUCUUGCACCACCUCCCCCAACACCCCUUUAUACCGACUCUGCCCCCUCUGCUCUUUCAGCCCAGGCGAAGGGUCUCGGUGCGAAACGUCCAGUGUCCGUUCCCCUCCACAGGUGCCGCCCGACCCGCUGAGUUCCUCCAGCGUUUUGUUUCCUUUUCUGCUCCAGAUUCCAGCCUCUUGUCUCCAGGGCACAAGUGUGUGAGUGUGUCGGCUCAGUGCGGGGGUCUCCUCACCGACCGUGCGCCGUUUGUUCACUGCUCCCCCGCUCUGGAGAACAUGGUGUUCGCGGCUCUCUCGCACCUCCUGCCCAAGCUCUGUGACAGCUUCACGGUGCUGGCCGUGUUCUGCGCCGUCUUUUGCCUGGUCUUCGACUUCAUGAAGAGGCGGAAGACGUGUGAGAACUACCCUCCCGGGCCCCGGGGGUUGCCUUUCGUCGGCAACAUUCUGCAAGUGGACCUGAGAAACCCUCACGUGUCAUUCUCAAAGCUGUGGAAGAAGUACGGCGACGUGGUGAGUUUAGAGUUUGGAUGGACAAACGUGGUGGUGUUGAGCGGCUACAAGACCCUGAAAGAGGCGCUGGUGAAGAAAUCGGAAGACUUUGCGGACCGGCCAGGGUUUCCAAUAUAUAAGAAGGUCUUUGAGAGGAUCGGGGAAGGUAUCGUGCUUGCCAGGUACGGCGACUGGUGGAAACAACAGAGGAGAUUUUCACUUCAGACCCUGAAAAACUUUGGGCUGGGAAAGAAGUCUCUUGAGUUGCGAAUUGUUGAAGAGGCUGGGUUUUUGAACCAAGCCUUUGAAGGUGAACGAGGUCUCCCUUUUGAUCCACAUUUCUAUCUAACUUAUGCGACCGCAAACAUUAUCUGCUCAAUUGUCUUCGGAGAACGUUUUGAAUAUCGUGAUGAGAAGCUCCUUCGAUUUUUGCACAUACUUGAAGAAAGCUUUGUGUUGGAAGGCGGAUUUUGGGGUCAGAUGACGAAUGCGUUCCCCUUCCUGUGUUACCUCCCAGGACCACACAACAAAAUAUUUCAAAAUCAGGAGAAAAUCGUUCAGUUUUUGCAAGAAAUAGUAACGAGGCAUAAGGAAUCAUGGGAUCCAAAUUAUAUCAGGGACUUCAUUGAUGCUUUCUUAGCAGAACAAGAGAAGAUGAAGAACACACCGAAUACAAGUUUCCUGGAGACCAAGGUGAUUGGGUCAGCAGUUGACCUCUUUGUUGCAGGUACAGAGACCACCUCCACCACCCUGAACUGGGGCUUGCUCUUCAUGGUGCUACAUCCAGAUGUCCAGUCUCAGGUCCACGAGGAGAUUGACAGAGUGAUUGGGAAGGAGCGAAGGCCAAAGCUGGAAGACCGGGAGGAAAUGCCAUUCACUAAUGCUGUUAUCCAUGAAAUCCAACGCUGUGGGAAUAUUCUUCCAAUUUCACUACCUCAUCAAACAUACAGAGACACCACGGUCAUGGGUUACACCAUCCCUAAGGGAACAACAAUCAUUCCAAAUCUUUCCUCGACCUUGUUUGAUGAAGACAUUUGGUCGACUCCACAUCAGUUCAAUCCGGGACACUUCCUCAACUCGGAUGGGAAGUUUGUGAAGCCAGAAGCCUUCAUCCCAUUCUCUGCAGGUCAUCGUGUGUGUUUGGGGGAGCAGCUGGCAAAGACGGAGCUCUUCAUCUUCUUCACGUCCAUGCUCCAACAAUUCACAUUCCAUCUCCCGGAAAAUGAGCCAAGGCCGAACUACAGGGAUGCCAGAUUCGGAAUCACCCUCUGUCCGCUCCCGUAUCGGCUCUGUGUUAAAGCCAGAUUGUGAUGGAUAUUCACGUUUUACUAAACUCGGCUUUUUAGCAUAGCAAAAGAAACUCUCUCAGAUUAAUAUGUUUAUUGUUAAUUUUUAACAAGUACUAUUUAGCCAUCCUCUUGGGAAACAGUAAUGUCCAGGGUAGGAGAAGCCUAUUGUUGACUUAACUGAGAGUGCGACCUGAUCAGAAGGAACAACAUUGUCUAUGUUAACCUAAGGAUCCAGCCAUCUGACCUGAUCAAUGCAGUUGUGAAAACAUCACAUGCAGAUGAGGUUGUCACUAGAUGACUGGCAAAAAAAUGAUACAAGCAUUAGAAGGGAGUAAAGGUGGGGAGGAGUUACUGAGAUGAAGACACAGAGUCCACUCCUCAACUUCGACCCGAGGAGGAUCUCUUCCCAGAGCCUCCUUUCUGCGACGGACGACAUGUUCGUCUGCAACUCAUUGCUAUGGUUUUCCAGUUUGCAAGAGUUGUACUUGUGUUUGGAGAUCCUUUGUAGAAUUACAAUCUCUGUUAGAAUUUAUUCCUCAAAUAAAUGUGCUCCAUUUGGAAUAAA